UAUAACCGGGCUACAUCACUUGGCUUUGCCCGCAAAUUGAUAUUAAUAUAGUGUAUGCAAGUGCACCGACAGCAUCUUGGCUAAAAAUCAGAUCGGGAUCAAGAGCAAGGUAACCGGCGGUCACUGUUGCUACAUGACCCACAACUAGACGUCGCACCUCCAUCCGGUCUUCAUCAUCCCACCAUCAUGCCGCUCUUCACGAGGAAGAACAACAAGCAGGGACCCACCACGGACGCCGGUCAGUUCGGCAGUCGCUCCUCCAUGAACUCCGCCUCCUCCCAGGGCAGUCACCUUACCAAUAACAACAACAACAACAAUAACAAUGGUGUGCCAGAAAAGUCAAAGCCACCGCUCGUCUUCCACUGCCAGCUGGCGCAUGGAAGUCCCACCGGACUGAUCCACGACUUCUCCAGCGUGCGAGAGCUGUACCAGAAGAUAGCCGAGUGCUUCGACAUCUCCGAGAAGGACAUCCUCUUCUGUACCCUCAACUCGCACAAGGUGGACAUGACGCGCCUGCUGGGCGGCCAGAUCGGCCUGGACGACUUCAUCUUCGCCCACCGCAAGGGCCGGCCCAAGGAGAUCGAGAUCAUCAAGUCGCAGGACGCCCUGGGCCUGACCAUCACGGACAACGGAGCCGGCUACGCGUUCAUCAAGCGGAUCAAGGAGGACUCGAUCAUCGACCACAUCGAGCACAUCUGCGUGGGCGAUCACAUCGAGAAGCUGAACGGCCAGAACAUGGUGGGCAAGCGGCACUACGAGGUGGCGCGCAUGCUCAAGGACAUUCCGACGGGCGGCACCUUCACCCUGCGUCUGGUGGAGCCGGUCAGGAGCGGCUUCCAGGGCAUCGGACCGCGCAGCCAGUCGCGAGCCUCCGGCAGCGGUGGGGCUGGAGGACGGAACUACGGCAGCGGCAAGGAGACGCUGCGGUUCAAGGCCAACGGCAAUGCCCAGAUCGAGCCGCAGUUCGACGAGGCGACCGAGGCCGGUAUCGAGGCCAUCAACAACCUGCUAGAGUCCUUCAUGGGCAUCAACGACACGGAGCUGGCGUCGCAGAUCUGGGAACUGGGCGACAACAAGACCAACUCGAUGGACUUUGCCGAGGCCAUUGACAACUCUGAUCUGGAGUCGUUUGGGUUCACGGACGACUUCAUUAUCGAGCUGUGGGGUGCCAUAACGGAUGCCCGGCGCAAGACCGCCACCAGUCCCAAGUAGUUGGCUCCCAUCCCAGUAGUUGGAGUAGCCUUCCCCAGAACCCCGUUACCCCCGAGGCAUUCGUCGGAGAGACAAAUAAAAGUUCGGCAUUGAUGAGUUGUUCGUAGUAACUGCUACUGUCUAUUA